CAUGCACUCGUUCAUUAUUCAUGAUCUAUAUAUCCAUUGGAUGCUUAUCCAUCUUUGAUAGAAUUGAAAUUUUGUUGUAAUUGUCUUUAAAUCCAUGCCAUUCUUUGCCAACUCGUCUUGUGAUGGGUUCGUAGCGUAACCCCACAAUGGUUCUUUUGUGGCUUUGGCAGGAUUUAUUUUAUUCCUUGUGCUUUCUGUAUUACCCCAGCCUCCAGUAGCUUAUUUGAUGGCAAAUCUUGUUAAGUGAUUAGUGUUCUGCUUUUUAAGAUUAGUUGUGAUUUGAUAUCAGAGUGGUGCAGCGGAAGCAUAGUAAGCCAUGUCUAUUCAUAGAAAGUUAGUGAGUGGGGCAUUUGUUUUGUCUUGGAUUGUGUGAAGCCAUUCACCACUUGAUAUGGUCCUCAAUUUGAGUUUUGGGGACAAAACUCUUUUUUAGGAGGGGUGGAUGUAAUACCCCAAAAUUUUGUGCUAUUUUAGCAUUUAAGUAAGGGUUUUUGUGUGAGAAAAAUAUUAUUUUGGGCUUAAUAGCCGAAAUAUCCAAACUUGAGGGACUUAAAAGAGGAGAAUUUGGAUAAGGAUGGCUUAUUUCUUUUCUCCCUUUUCCUCUUUCUUCUCCAGCCCGUUUCUGCUCUUCUUGUCUUCCCGCUGCACCCGAAAGAAAAAAAAAAAGAGGAACCCAGCCAUGCCUUGGAAAAUUGGUGAGAAAGCUUGGAGAUUUCUCCUUCCUUCUUGCUCUAGAACCUGAAUUGGAACCCAGAAAUUCUCCCCCCUGCAUGAAGCUUUCGGAUCUGCCUUGCUCUGCUCCUCACCGCUGGCUGCUCCUGCUUUGUGGGGGUGAUUUGCUCCGGUUUUGGAACCCGUGAGCUUCUUCUCCAAAUUGCCGCCAGCUUCUCUUCCCCUUGCAGCUCCGGUUUUAGCUGAAAAAUUCUGGUAUGUGGCAGCCUUAAACCAUUGUUUUUAAGCUUGAUUAAGGUAGAAUUAGCUUGAUUAGUUUGCUGCCGUGUGAUGUCCGAAUUUUGGUAGAAAAAAUGGGGGAAAUUACGGUAGCCUUUGAGCAUGUUUUAAGCUUUGUUUAAGUGUAAAUUAGCUUGAUUAAUUGCUGUGAUUUUUGGAGGAAAAUCCCGUGAGAUUAGUUAGUGUUUUGGCCAAUUUGUGGGAGCUGAGUUACUGUUCACGUCGGGGUACUGUUCACAGUCCGGUAUUAAUUCUUGAAAUAUUUUGAUUAGGUUCUCGAUCGUUCUGUCAGUUAGCAUUGAGAUUGAGUGCUCGGUUUUAUGCGAGUGAGGUAAGUAAAUUUAUGGUAAUGCC